AACACGUCAUAUCCGCCCGUGGGUUGAUCGUCUGUAAUAAGCGCUCUACCUGGUGUUGGUUCAGUCAAAGGGGUGUCCUUCGUCAACACAGCUUGUUCAAAACGAGAACGAAGAGAUUAUCCCAGCACGCUGAUAAAAGGUUGGCUGUUACAGAAAACUAAACCAGGAAAGGGGAUAUUUAAAUUAAGAUAAGACUCAUCAGCUCGCCCAGAGCCCCGACCAAGACGGCACCCAGAACAGUGUCAUUGUUGGACAAAAUGUCAACAGGUCAUCUGCUUUGUCUUCUGCUCGUGCCUCUGUCCGCCAUCACAUCAGCAGACGACAUUGAUGAUGACUACGUCAUCCAGAGUAAAACGGCUAUGAACAAUGAACUAGACAGGCUUGUUCAGGACAAAAGUGAUAUCAGACAAUUGUCCAAUCCUCUUCAGGUGUCUCCCAUAUUUCUCAAGAUGUUGGACAGAAUGCAGGAGGACACCAAAAGUGGUGACGUAAUCAACAAGCGUGUGUUCUGUAAUGGAUUCACCGGAUGUGGUGGCCGAUUCAGAGCACGUCGGCGACAACAGCAACAUCAGCAACAACAUCCACCCAUUCUGAAGCGGCCGUUUUGCAAUCAUUACUUCGGCUGUGGAAACGUAAAGCGUUCUGGACUCGAGGCAGGAGCCGUGGACUCGGUGCUUGUGAAACCGGUGAAUGAACCGAAGCUGCAGACUGCGCUCAGAAAGAGGCUCUUCUGCAACGGCUAUAAUGGCUGCCAGGGCAAAAAGCGAGCACUCUACUCCAACUGGCUGCAGAAGAUGGAGGGUAUAGCCGACAAUCUGUAGAGUGCUUUUAGCCAUAAAGAUGCUGGGUCGGAUGAUGUUACCGAGGAAUCCUAAAGGUAUACCGAAGGAGCGGUUUAUAGAUGUCUGACUGACUCCACACAAAACAACCGACAACAGAAUACAACACCAGACGGUGGAACUCUUAAACACGCUCAACGCAUCCACACAUGCGUAUUCAUAAUUAAAUCUAAAUUGUAAGUGCAACACUGCAUACACUACCAACAUGUUGUUAGGUUGUAAGUACUACCCUGUAAGUUAGUUUCUAGUAGAUUAUCACUUUUAACUGUUUUGGAUUGUGAUUAUGGACAUAAAAAAACUUUUAUUUUGUGUCUCAUUUAUACCUCUGGGGCAGAUCAUUAGCUUAGUGAUAUCACCAACUUUUUUUGUCACUAGCAGUAUUCAAUAAUCGUCAACCAAUACUUCACUGGUUAUUGACGAAGCGAUGAUUAAAAUGAUGAUGGUGCAUGACUCGCUGUUCUUUUUGUCUGAUGUUUUAAACGUUGAUUACUCUCAAAAAGACGCUCAAAAUGUGCCAUCGAUAUUACUAAAGAAACCAUAACACACGUGUUUGUAUUUUGAUUCCAGGGCUUUAGGCAACAGUUUAAUAUCCUGAUUAGAUAAAUGCAAAACAUUUGUUAACCUACUGUACAGGCUCAUAUUGACGGGAUGCGGCGCGUGCGUGCGGUCUGGCUAAAACAAAGUACAUUAUUUUCAAUGAAAGCAUCUAGACUGGAUGCGCGUGUCUGCAAAAUGCACGCGGCCAGCCGCAUUGAAAUACUCCUAUAUGACUAUAUGCCCAAAACACAAGCCGAAGACGCAUUGAAAUACUCCUAUAUGACUAUAUGCCCAAAACACAAGCCGAAGACGCAUUGAAAUACUCCUAUAUGACUAUAUGCCCAAAACACAAGCCGAAGACGCAUCAAGCGCAACAGUCGGACCGCACGCACGCCCCGCAUUCAGUCUAUAUUAGCCUUAACACGAUUUUCUUUAAUUUGUUUAGUACACGUAUUAAUCUGUCUAUCAGUUAUUUAUAUAAACUUCUUUCCUUGCAUGCCUAACAACCACAUUGCUAUACACAAUAUACCAGAAGUGAUCAAUAUACGCAAUGUGUAUGUCUAUAAAUGAUAUAAAAUACAUGCCCCGGACUGGGCCACUGGCAUCCAGAGACCGAGCCCGGGGUGGUCAUGCUCGAAGCCUUAGUGGUAUAGGAGCAUGUUAAAAACAUUACGCUACGCUAUAAAAUACAUUUUGUCUUUUUUUAAAACUUAAAAGCUCAUAAAGAAUGUGGACAAAUAGUAUCUUUUUUUCCAUUAUAUGUUUAAUGUAUAAAUGAAAAAUAUAUAUAAUUAGCUGGAGGGUUUUUUAAAAUUUUAUUUAAAAAAAUAGUUUAUUAUUAUUAUUAUUAUUAUUAUUAAUUAUUAUUAUUAUAUUAAUGUCAUUAUUAAUGUUAUAUUUGUUGUAAUGAUUCUAAAUGUUGUCGUCGUUUGUUAAAGUUAGCCGUUGUGAUUUUAUUUAACUGUCGCUCCACAUAGAUUUAUUUUUCAAACCUCUGUCAAAGAAAUAGAAAAUGAGACGAAAUCAUGAUUAAGCAUGUUUGGUGAAGUAUAGCAUCAUUUCAUUAUUUCACAUCUUUCAGAACACGAAGGGGAAAAAAUCAGCUGAUGUCUUAAACAUUUUCAUCUUAUAAAAAAAAGAAAAGAAAUUAAAAACAAAGAGCAAAAAAAAACUAUUAUUCUUUGUUUGAAAAAGUUCACUCGGUAAAAUUCAAUUUCCGUCAUCGAAGCAGGAAUUUACAAAAUAUUAUGAAAUAUAAUUUCGCUAGAGAGCGAUAAUAAUAUUUGUUGACAAGUAAAAUGGUGACACUGAAAACGCAUAAGCUUCAGUAAUUUAUUGUAUAAGAACAAAAAAGUGAUAUUGUAUUGAAUCAUACAUUUCAAUAGCACGAUUGUUUUGAAGAGGGUUGGGCAGGACACACUCCAAAACAGCUACCAUAUUUAUAACUGAUAUACCAUUUGCAAUAUACAAAUAUGGUGGAUAUAUAUUUUGUUAAUAACAAAAGGGAGCAUUCGAAUCCCUUAGACGUCUCUCCGGAUCCACCAUUGCCUUCCGUUAGUGAACUGGCUGUACACCCGAUCCCUUUAUAUGUAGGCUUACUUUUGGAACAUUUUAUAUAUACGACACUGGUGCUUAUUGAGCGUUUAUAGUUGAUUCAAGUUUCAUUAUGCUGAACAGAAUGUAACGAUGGUUGAAUUAAUUAAAUUCUUCACAUUUGAAUCUUUGUAAAUAAUAUAUUAAUUUAUUCCCAUUUUUAUUCCACAUUUCCAUAAUUCUGUUUCAUUAACGUUUUUUCUUUUGCCCUAUAAAACAACUGAAAAACUUGUAUCUAUUUAAAUACCUUUACAAAACCAUUUUGUAAUUGUUUGCGUUAUGUGAUAUUUUGAAAGUUAUAUACAGUAUUAGUUUAAUUUGUAAAAUGCACAGUGGACUAGAAUUUGUACAAAAUACACUAGCCAUGGGAUCAGUGAUUUUCAAAAUGUACUAGCCACAAUUAAAAACUCACUAGCCCUACUUUACUUUAAGUUGAUAAAAUGUUACUAAUAGUAAUAAUCAGAUAAUUAUGUCAUCUAAAGAGAAAGAUAGAGCUUAAAACACAAAGAUUUGGGAGUGGGGGAGGAUAUCCAAUUUAAUUUUACAAAAUAGACUUAAAUGCAGCAUUUGACAACUUUUAUUCACUAGCCGUUGGGCAUGGUGAUAGUAGUUAUUUACUAGCCCAGCACUGAAUAUCAUUAGCCAUGGGAGUGGGGCUACCGUAAUCUAGAACUCCUGGGAUUGUUUUUACGUACUAGUAUGUUUCGUGAAAUUUAAUGCAUUGACGUGAACAUAUACCCCACUGUCUAACAGCGAUAUCUACAAGGUGCGUCUUGUAACUCGUAUCCACACCCACAUCUGUUGUUGUUAUCUUGCACUACUAAGCGAUGGAAUAAAGGCAAUCUCUCAAAUA